AUGACUGCAAAUGAAAACAGCAUGAUUCCGCCCGGAGUUUUCGAGAGUCUGCAGCGCAAGAUCGACGACGACAGCGCUGUGAAAGAUGCUCUGAGAGAGAUUGUUCAAGAGCUCGAGAAGCAAGAUCGGUCCACGCAAGCAACGUUGUCACGAGCGCACUCAACAACGUCCGCAGACUUACCUCGCGUUGUGUCAAGCGCCCAGGCCAACAUCGAGCAAGAGGUACAGACUAUCCACAAGCUGUCGGAGGUGGCAUCUAAACACCCCUAUUACAAGUACAACUACGCCUGGACACGACAUGUUCAAGAUGUGUGCUACUCAAUCUUGCUGUGCGGUUGGCUGGGUGGUUUCGGGAAGUCUGAAGUGGGUCAACUGCUCUCUAUGGAGGAUGUGGGCGGCAUAAUGGGCGUGCCGGUGAACGUCAAAGACCGCGACGUCUUCCACCUGACCAUCGAAGAAUACUUACUGGCUCUCACCUCGCUGCUGGACGAGCUGGCCCGCCUUGCGCGCAACUCAGUAACGCUAGGCGACUACCGCCGCCCGCUGCAGAUCGCGCAGUUCACUAAGGAUGUCCAUGCAGGGUUCCAAGUGCUCAACCUGAAGAACGAUGCGCUCAGGAAGCGCAGUGAUGGCAUCAAGUACCGUGUCAAGGAGGUGGAGGAUGUGGUCUACGACCUGAGCUUGCGCGGCCUGUUGCCGAAAGAGUAA